ACUUCUGUCACGACGAAAGCAAGAUGGCGGCUUCCAUGACGGCAAAAUCAAGACUUCUUUCUCUUGUGGAAGAAGCAGAAGUGUUAACAAAAGACCUCGGUGAGGCGACAUCAGCAGUUAGGCAAAGAGUUCCUCAUCCUGAUGAACCUCAAAUUAUGGAGAUAUUGAUGAAGAAGAAUGAAGAGCUGGAAGCAACGCUGAAAGAGACGGAAGAACAGAGGAAGAUGAAGCAGGAGAUUGAGGGGCUUCAGGAAGAAGUAGACAAGAGAGAUGAAGAUAUCAAAACAUUACAGAAACAACUCAAAGAAGCCGAGUACAUUCUGGCCACAGCCAUCUACCAGGCCAAAGAAAAACUGAAAGCCAUCAAGCAAGCCAAGAAAGGAGCGAUAUCAUCGGAGGAACUCAUCAAGUAUGCACACCGGAUCAGUGCUACCAAUGCUGUUGCUGCACCGCUGACGUGGGAACCAGGUGAUCCCCGUAGACCCUACCCAACGGACCUUGAGAUGAGGAUGGGUAUCCUGGGAAGGUUGAGUAAUCUACCUCAAGUGAGUCAGAACGGUGCUGGUGGAGAUGGUGCACAGAGUACAGCUGGUGCUACUGGGGGCCUGACGUGGAAACCUUCAAGUGAGCUUACAGCAAGUCGCAGCAUGUCAACGGGGGUCAAUCGUAUCACGGGGGACGCUGGGAUAGAUCUCAACGUCCCGGGUCACGGCAAAGAGAACGAGGAGGAUGUCGAGAUGAUGUCUUCGGAUUCAGAAAGCAGUAGUUCCAGCGAUAGCUUCUGAUAAUAAACAGUAGAAUUCAGUUGUGCCCCUUGGUUCACAAGCCUGAUAAACAGUUCAACCUUGAGUCUAGGAUAUCAAAGAACUGUGGAAUUAUGUUGCAUCUGGGACUCAAGGGGACAUUGAUGAAAUGAUGUCAUCAGAUUCAGAAAGUGUAGUUCUAGUGAUUUGGCUGAUAAGCAGAAGUGCCAGAUAAUUACAAUGGAAGGUUCAGAUAAAACAGACUUUGCAAGAUAAAAUAUCAACAAGUCUUUUUAGGACCCCAAAGAACUGGCAUUAUGUGCACCCUACAGUAUACUGCAGGAGAAGAUGUAGAGGUGAUUUUAUAAGAUUCAGAUAACGGUUUUCCCAGAGAGAGUUCCCGAUAACGAACAGAGGUAUUAAGUUCCGUCUCCAAGUCCUAGUACUGGUACCUAUAAAGAAAGGUGGAAUUAUUUUCCACUCCCCAAUCACAGGUGCUUGUGAAAGAACAGUGAAAGUACUUUGCACCUGUUUGUCAAGGAACACAAACAAUAAAUGAAAUCCCUAUUGACUCCGGGACUUCUAGAACCUGAUGGUUUCUGUUCUUGGCUAUUAAUGGGAAUAGAGAACUUCAUUGUCAACAUAUGCUUUAAGAAAUUUGCUGAGAAUAUCAUGGGCAUAUAAUUGAUUUGUUUUUGAUCUGCCUCUUUCAGCUUUUGCAUUCCCCUUUUAUCAUUGUUCGAACAAAGUAUUUAUACCUUGAUUUUCCUUUUAUCAUGGGUAGCUUUAACUUUCAGAUUUCACAAAACCUAGCCCAUGAUGUGGAAUCUCCCCAUCUACAUCAUGUAUAGCACUGCUUCUUCCCCUAAGGCUUGGUCCCACUGCAUAUACGGAUGCAGAGAGGAUGUAAAACGGAAAAGAAUCUUGCCAUCCGUUGGAAAACGUUAUGUAUCUGUUGUGUACUCUUUGCAUACGUGUUUCAUAUGCUCUAUAUCCUUUGAGCAUCGGUUCACUGUGAUUUCAUUUCAGCCCAUUUUGUCCAUUGUCUGGAGCGGAUGAAAACGGAUGGAGCCACCCCGAAAUUUUGCUUGUCCGCUGUAUCCGUUAUGAAUACGUUAUGUGUCCGUGGGACCAGGCGUUUAUUCAUGCCCAGUAAGGCUGAUUUCCGAGUCUGAAUAGGCUGUAGACAAGUGGUUGUAAACCAAUAAGUUUUCAUCACAUUGCGUGAAAUAUAUAUAUAUAUAUAUAUGUUUUUUUUUUUUUGGGGGGGGUGAUAAUCAGACAUUUUAUGAAACAGAUCCCUGAUAUCCAUUUGAAUAUCUUAUUUGAAUUUUCUCCAAGAUUAGAAAUGGACAAGCUUUGAAAAGUUAUUUGAUAUUAAACAUCAAAUGUCCCCAAUUUCAUUUUUCUUUUCAAUUUCUUUUUUAUUUUGAUUGAUAUGGGAUUUUCAAAUUAGCCACCUUGAUGAUGUCAUUGUGAAGUGUGGUGAAAAUGUUUUGGAAAUGUCUUCACAUCUGUUGUGUCAAGGGAAUAACCACGAUAUACCCUAAGAAUUAUGUUUAUGAAAAAAAAAUUGUCAUUAUUAAUGUUUAUAUUGUACAUUGGUAAAUAAAUGUAAAUAAAUAGAAAAUAUACAAAGAA